AUGUAUUCCCCGGAGGUUAUCAUAGUUUUCUUUGCUCUCGUCGGCUCGGCAACAGCACUGCCCAACUCCAAGGAUGUGGAGGCCACGCGGGACGGGCCUCAGCCAAAUCCCACGACAUGCAAGGAGUUCAACGAAGAAUGCACGCUUAACGCCGACUGCUGUCCCAGCUUGGGCUGCAAGGAGGUCAACGGAGGAAAACAGCCGAGCGUGUGCGCCUUCUUCCCGAAAAUUGGAGAUGUGCAUGUCGGACGAGGACUGCUGCUCUGA